GAUCAGCAGCAAGUGCACGCCGUAGCGAUCGACGAUUGCUGCCGUUUGCUAUCGCAUUGCUCAUUGUGACCCGUACUGCAAUUCCUCGCUAAGACGCCCGACGCGUGCUGCAUUCCUUGCACCAGUGCGUGCAGUGCAACCUCACUGACUCUCCGCGAGCGCUGUGCAAUCGACGGCGAUGCAUCGCCUGGCCUUGCUCCUCGGCACCGCACUGGCGCUCGCGCCGGCCCCGCGCCGCGCGGUGGUCUAUAGAGGAGAAGAGGAUAUUGAUGUGGACGCGGUCGCGGCGUCGCUCCAAUCGAGGGGCCUGGAGCCGGACGUCGUCGACGUGGACCGGCUAGCGGCCGCUCUAGCACAGCCCGACGUCGCGGCGAUCUACGCCGGGCGCUACGCUUCCCACGAGGCGCUCGACGCACUCGAUCAAACAAAGCCGCUCUACCGCUACGAGAAGUCCGCGGGCGCGUUCAAGCUGGAUCGGCGCUGCGAAGCGUCCGACGCCCCUAAGUGGGUAUCCCUGGAAGUCGAGUCCGAGGAGAAGUGCCUGGAGCGGAACGGCUGGAACUUCCUGACGCCCGAGGAGCCGGCGACGUGGGGCGCGCCGCCCUGCCUGGACGUGGAGGAGUUCGUCGUGGACAAGGACGCUAGUUCUAUCAGAGACGCGGUGAUCGAGCACGGCGUCGCGUUCGUGCGGGACAUGGUGGAUAAGGAAACCCUCGCGCGCUGCGCCGCCGUCGUCGACGACCGCUGGGCCGCGGUCGAGGCCGCGCUCGGCGCGAAGACGCCGCCCUUACUGUUAAACGGCAUCGACCGCUUCGAGUUCAACGAGAUAGUGCACCGGAGCGACGGUCGCUUCGACAUGAAGGUACCUGAUGAGGUUAGGAAGUUCCUGGACAGUGCACCAUGGAUGCCGGCCAUACACAAACUACUAGGGCCCGACUGCGUAUCGCUAUACGACUCAUGUAUCAUAAGUGUCCCGGGCGCGAAAACCCAAGACAUGCACUGCGACAACGGCCACCUCUUUCCCCACACUGAUGUUCAUAUCGCGUCGCCGCACUGCGUCACGGUCAUCUGUCCACUGGUGGAUGUGGACGCGGACAACGGCCCGACCGAGUUCUGGCCAGGGUCUCAUUACGAAAGCGUGGCGAAGGAGCUCUUCGAGGAGCGCGCUAGAACGGGCGCCCACAUCCCCUCCAAAUCCUCUUUACAAUUAGCGGGUUCGGUCGGCGACGCGAUUCUGUUUGAUACGCGGACGGUGCAUAGGGGGAUGGCGAAUUCCGGAACGGCGAAGCGGCCGAUCCUCUACAUCGCGUACGCGCGGCCCUGGUACACGGAGGGGACCAAGAACUUCCCCGACGAGACACUGCUAAGUUAG